AUGGGAGUAAGAUUGUACGUAGAGGUGAAGAAACGCGAGAUAGGAUUUGGAAUGUAUCCCCUCUGUAUUGAUACAAUUGAUAAGGAUGUUGUCGAUAUUGAAAAUUUUGAUGUGUCGACUGGUUCAAUCGUCUGUGUUGAAGGUGCUGAACAGGAUACACUCAGCUCUCAACUUGCGCCUAAACUGCACAAUCAUAAAAGAAUUCAUACACCAAAUGAUGUUAUUGAGGAUAUUAGAGCACUGUAUGGGAUUGAUAUUUCAUACAAGAAAGUAUGGCGUGCUAAGGAGCGCACAUUAGAGAUUAUAAGGGGUAAAUCUGCUAAUGGAUAUAGACAGUUGCCUAAAUAUCUAUAUAUGUUGGAACUUGUGUAUCCGAAUUCUUAUAUACGGAUGCAUAAGUCGGAGGAAAAUAAGUUCAUGUAUCUGUUCAUAUCAUUAAGGCCACUAAUGAGGGGGUUUGACUACUGUAGACCAAUAGUUGUUGUUGACGGUGCGCAUCUUGGUGGAUCUUACAAAGGAACUUUUGUAUCAGCAAGUACGCUUGAUGGUGCAGUUCUACAAAACCAUACUAAUGAAGUUUUCAUAGGUGGCUCCAUUCCAGGUCAUGUGGUAAUCAAUCGUGAUCGUGAGGCGGCAGAUGAUAAUUUAUUUCGUGAUUAUUUUUCAGCCACACCACGCUUUAAUGAUGCAAUAUUUCGCCGUCGUUAUAGAAUGUCCCGCAAUUUGUUUCUUCGUAUCGUUGAUGCAAUUAAAGAUCACGACACGUACUUUGAACAACGCAUUGAUGCACUAGGUAGAUUUGGAUUAUCUACUUUGCAAAAAAUUACUGCUGUGUUUAGAAUGUUGGCAUAUGGUUUGCCAGCGGAUGCCACUGACGAAUACAUGAAAAUUGGAGAGUCAACUACGAUUGAAAGUAUGAAAAGAUUUUGUCGAGCUAUUGUAGAGGUUUUUGGUGAGCGAUAUUUGAGAUCACCAACACCUAACGAUGUUGCGAGGCUUCUACACAUUGGUGAGCAACGUGGUUUCCCAGGAAUGUUAGGUAGUCUAGAUUGCAUGCACUGGAAAUGGAAAAAUUGUCCAACGGCAUGGGCUGGGCAAUACGCAGGUCGUAGUGGAUCACCAACAAUUAUUCUUGAAGCUGUUGCUGAUUAUGACCUUUGGAUAUGGCAUGCUUAUUUUGGUUUGCCUGGCACCAAUAACGAUAUUAAUGAUUUAGAGUCAUCACAUUUAUUUUCCAAUCUUGCUAGCGGUAUUGCGCCUCCCGCCCAUUAUGUUAUUCAAGGAAAAGAAUACGAUAUGGGUUAUUAUUUAGCUGAUGGUAUAUAUCCUAAAUGGUCUACAAUUGUUCAAACUAUUCGUGAUCCUCAUUCCCAACAAAAGAAAUAUUUCGCGAUGAAACAAGAAUCGUGCCGAAAAGAUGUUGAACGUGCAUUCGGAGUUUUGCAAUCACGUUUUGCAAUUAUUGCAGGACCGUCACGUUUUUGGAGAAAGGAAGUGCUACAUGAUAUAAUGACUACAUGUAUUAUACUGCACAACAUGAUAAUUGAGGAUGAACGUGAUCUUAAUGCACCAAUUCAAGAUGCCAUAGAGGCUCCAACUCCAACUAUUGAAAUGGUGGUAGAUGAAAAUCUCCGGUUUGAACAAUUUUUAGCUAGACAUAAAAAAAUUAAGGACAAAAAUGCUCAUUUUGAACUCCGUAAUGCAUUAAUAGAGCAUUUAUGGGAGCAACGUAAUAAUUUUGAAAAUUGAGUGUUUAUGUAAUUGUAUGUCACUUUUAUUUGAAUUUGUCCCCUAAUUUAUGUAUUAUAUUAUAUU